ACGUCACCGAGGGCGCGCGCACUCUCACUCUCACGAGCCGAGCGCGCAACGAGACUGCGCCCAUCACAGCGCGGAACAAUGGCAGCAUCCAGCUCCUGACUCACAGAUGGAGACGUGCUGGAGCAGAUGAGAGCGCUUCAGAGGAGAUUUGAUCACACGCUCCUGCUGUCAUCAGGGAUGGAGCGAUAGAGGCGCGCGGUUCUCCAUCACUGACGGGAGGCGCGUCCACCUGCUCUCUGACGCAGGCCCGGGAUGCGCGAGAAAACAUGCACAAGUGCCUCCGAUCACGGAAAUUAUUUCCACAUACGAGCUCUUUUGUGGCGUUAAAAGCUCUCGGCAUUUAGAAAUAGGCACUGAUCCGGCAGCGUAAGGAACGGAUUCACAUAAUCUGAAGAUUAAUCUAAAGCUGAAUGGUGUCGCAGAUGCUGCCUUACACACAUCCUCCAGAGCUGCUGCAGUGAGCACAAAGAGAGACGACUUGUUCUGCCUCAGUGCUAAAUUGGCCUUAAAGAAGCACCACCUACCACGGCCACUGUCAACACAAACUCCUUUACAGGAUCACCCGACUGAUGAGUCCUCAAACUACACAAUAUCCCUCACACCCUGUGCUGCCAAGGGCUUGAGCCCCCUGGGCUUUACCAAGAAAAACGCAACCAGUGGCAUUUCACCAUGAUCGAACCCGCAAGCAUUCCUGGGCUCACACAGGACUGUUCGAUUCAGCAGAGUCACACCUGUCCCAGCUGCUUCAUUGAGACCAAAGAUAUGUCCAAUGAAGAGACCAGCAUCAACCUCAAAAUGACUGAUAUGAGCCGAGACUACAGCACCUGCCCUAUAUCUGAUAUUAACAUGCAAUGCAUGAGCACAAGUGAGACGGGAAGUUACGGGGACCAGCUCCUCACGGAUCAGCUUUUAAACUUUCCAGUCCCCAAAACUCAGCUUGUUGAGAAGAAGGAAACAGAGAAAACAGACUUUGAUGAUUCAGCCUCCAAAAACCUGUAUGAGGGCUUGCUAUUAGACAAGUCCAAUGGAGAGGAUGGUUUGCUAACGAAUUCAAAUCAGGACUGGGGCUACUUCGAGUCCUUCAUUAACGAGAGUAAGAUGGAACUGCUGGAUCUCUGCUCCAAGAACGAGCUCUCCGUAAAUCUCUUCUCUGAGGAGGACGUGGACAAUUACAUGUUUGAUGACGAUGAUGACUCCACUCUGAGCAGCGACGUGUGCUCGUUAAAGAUCCGCUACGAGUCCUUCCAGGACAACAUGAGGGAGAAAACCAAUGUUCUGCAGGAAGAAACCCAGUUCAACUUUUUUCCAAGUGUCUUGGUGAACUGCACCAAGAAAGAGGCUGGUGUGGUAAAACGAGUUGUAGAUGAGCCACCACCUAAAUCAGAGGAGCUUGGAUUUCAAAGUGACAGCAAAGGUGAUGGAAAUGACUGCUCCGUAGAGCAGACACCUGAUUACAGCCCUAAAAUGAACUACUUAAUUGACUCAAGCAACUCUGCUGAUGACUCAGGGGAGUAUAGUAAUGACAGCUCCUCCACCGUUUCCUCUUUUGACACCUUCCAAGACAACCGGCCUAAAAACUUGUUCUCACGAAAGAACGCAAGCUGCUCCAACCAUCUGAACUAUGGAUUGCGGGCUAAAAGAAAAGUUAGGUAUAGUGAUGACUACUUGUAUUAUGUUGAGUCCACUGAAGGAGAAAGAAAUGUUGAAAAGCGAGAGAAACCACCGAUCGGUCCAAAGCAAGAAGAGGAUCUUGACUGGUGCCCUAAAAAGAGACGAAAAUACUCUCGCAAGGAUCCACCUGUAAUAAUCAAAUACAUUAUUGUGAACAGGUUCAAAGGAGAUAAAUGCAUGGCUGUGAAGCUGGGCAGAAUUGAUUCAGACGACACUACUGUAAUCUUAAAUGAGGAUACAGUCAACAAAUAUGAGAAGCUCGCACCUCUGAAAGAUUUCUGGCUGGAGAAACAAAGAGAAAGAGAGGAACAGCUUAAGCUUGCAGCAGGAGAUAAACACAAUUCUCACCACCAUGCCUUCAGUUCCAAUCCCCCCAAAAGGAAACACAAGCUAGCACACAGGCUCAGAAUUCAGAGGAUUCAAACUGUGGAGCAAUCACCCAACAGGCAGGGCCUAUUUGCCUCUGAUCCCAGGCAGGAGGUUGCUUCUACAGAUGAAACUGUCUCCAUGGGAAUGCCAUUAACAAUAGCCACCAGCUGUGCAAGAACAUUAGACCCAAAUGACAUCAUACACACUGCAGCCCGGAAGAGCAGAUCACAAGAGAGAGAGGAAAGGAGAAUAGGGAAUAAAAUAUUCAGAAUACAGAAAUUUAGAAGUGAAGCCAGAAUUAGGAGCAAGAAAAUGAGAGACCUUGCGGAGAAUAGCGAGAGCGUGACAGACCUGACAGACGUUUGCUCGCUGCAGAAAAAUAUGGACGCAGUAGGAGGUGCUGAAGAUACAAACGUCAGCCCAGCUGCACACAGUCCCCAUUUGUGUGAGAGAAAAACGGCUAAUGCAACUGACAAAUGUGUUUUUGUGUCUAGAACCUGCUCCCCUAACAAAGAGGCAUCGUCUGAGAAUGUGGCCCCAAGUGUUUCCGUUAUCCCGGGUGGUUACCUGCAAACAUUGUUAGAUGCCUCUGAUUCUUCAGGUAGCACCGGUAUGCCCUUUUUCCCCCAGCAGACCCAACACUCAUUGGAUCUCUCUUUGGAAAAGCAGCAAUUCAUCUCAAUUCAGCUAGCGCAAAGCUGUGUCCUUUCUCCACCAUCAGAAUCAGAGCUCCAGCAGUCACCCCAGAAUUGUCCGACUCUAACCCAGAUGUGGCACCCCCAGCUUGGUCCCAACCAGCAGUUCGCCGCUGCAGAUAUUGCUGAGCCUGUGAUCCAGCCCAGCAGCUUCACUAGAGAGAUGGCUAUGCCGUUGUCUGAGAGUCUGACCAUGUCAGGCUACAACCAGCUGAGUAUGGAGGGCAACAGGAUGCUUUAUGAAAAGAAUUACAUGACUGAGCAGCCGUUGCCUUCUGACGCUCAGUUUCAGGCAUGUCAGGGGCAGCCACAGUUUCAAAGAGCCACACUGCACACAGACAACGGCCGACUCAUCAGUUUCGACUCAGUUGGCUCGCUGUCAGCUACUUCUAGCAAUUACAGCUCUCUGAGUCUUAAGUCCUGCGAGAAGGAUGGCGAGGAUGAUGUGAACGAGAACUUUCUGGCCCACUGCAGUCCCAAACUGGUGAUUCAGCAGAGUAUUGAUGCAAUCACACCCCUGAGGGAGUCUACAGACUUGCUGGAUAUCUCCAACUUCACUCCGGAUAAAUUCAGACACACAUCAUUGUCAGAGCUCUCUCCCCCAGAGACGCCUAAUUUAUCCCCUCAAGUUAUGGGCCGUGAAAUGAAGAUAGCUGGGAAGGCUGCUGACGUCCAGGAUGGGGCUAAGAUGCCAUGCACCAAGGACGUGGAGUGGAACUGCAAAAUGAUCGAGCAGCAAGAUUUGGCUAGAUAUUCAGUGGAUGGGCAUGAUUUUCAAUUACACGUUUUUAACAGUGAAGACAACUUAAGCCUUGGGACAAAAGAGAAAAAUCUAGCUGACUUUGAUGGUGAAUUGAUGAGUGCAAUCAAGGGGACUAAGGCAAAGAGGAAAAAUAGCAACAAACAAACUGCAGGACAGGGUACCAAAAAAAGCAAAGCACCAAGAGCUCCUAAAACAGAGAAGGGCAAAAUUCCACGUCAGACUUCACGAGUAUCUAAAAAGUUAAAGGCCUUACUGGAUGAGAAAGGUGGUAAAGGCCAGACUGAGAGCAUUGCUCAUUUGCUGAAGGACAGCGGAUCAGAGGAAUGGACAGGAAUAGGUAUUUCAGAGAGCAAAAGUCAAGUCCACGAUGACCAGCGAGAGUUUGAAGAGCCAUCCAACAUCUUGUCAAAUAUUGUCUCAGGAAUGGCCGAAGUACAGAGAUUCAUGAUGGCCUCUGUUGAGCCAAUAUGGGGCCCUGCAACAAAUAUCUGUCUGCCCUCAGACGCUAACAGCCUUAAGUUAAAGACUCUCAAAAUCCUAGCAGGAACUUCAUCUGACCCCAAGAAGAAAGGAAAUUUGGCUACUGGGGGCACAAAGGGCAGAAAAGGUGGGACAAAAGGUGGCAAAAACCAGGCAAAGUUCAAUGCCUCCUUGCCUUUUUUCCCUCAGUUGGCUUUGGGCUGCAACAUGUUUGACAAGCCUAACCUUGUUGUUCCUGCUAUAAAUGGGCCAGCGCACAAAAAGAUGUACCGUCACAAAACCAGUGCAAAAUUCCCUCGGAUUGAAAAUCUAAAGGGCACGCGACCUGAACGAGAGCCAAAUAAGGACAUAUCGUCAAUGGCAUCUUUUGAGAAACUGAGGUAAUAUUUUAUAUCUAGCUGCUGAUGCACGUUCCUCACUUUCCCACUUCCUCCUCAUUUCUUGACAUACCUACACUGACUCAAGACCAGAGAUGCAUGGAAUUACGUUAUCCUUUACUACCCCCUCUUUGUUAUUGCCCCCGAAGAGGAUAUUGAUAUCUUGCAUGAGAAACUUCUUGUACUCGCAGACUACCUAUUGAUUGAUUGUGCAAGGCUUGAUUGAGAUUUUAAAUGACCAUGGCUGCAUUUUUCUUCUGCAUUCUUGUUUUUGCUGUUUUGUUUUUCCCUCACAGUUGCUGAUUAGUUUUUGUCUGAAAAAAACAAAACACUUUAAGUGCAAAUUCUGUUUUUGGACCUUUUUUUGGUUCCUUUCUCAGUGAAUCUUGCUGCCCUUAUAUAAUUAUAUUUCUCUCUUCAAACAUGUAGCUAUUAUAAAAUGUAUUUGUGUGAAACAAGCUCCCCAUUUGGCUAUGUAUGCUGAAACAGAUGCCCUCAUCUCUUUUUACCCUUUUCCUAUGCUCAGCCCCUUGUCUAGGAUAACAACAUCUCUAAACAUUAACAGCACACAGUGGGAAGACAUAUCAGAUAAAUGUUGUUCUAAUUUCUUACUGUUGGAGUGUACUUAUGAUUUUCUCUUAUCUACUAUGCUUUUUACAGGAGUUGUACUGGAAAUUGUCUUAGAGGGAUAUUUCUAUGCCAUGGAAAUCUCAAAACGCUUCAUUUUUGCAUUGUUUUUUAUACUUUAGUUUAAAUAAUGAUGAUAAUAAUAAUAACGGUAUUGAAUGAUUAUUGACAGGAAUACUGUAAUAUUACUACUAACAGAUUAUCAUAUUAUUAUUAUUAUUAUUAUUAUUCAGUAUCACUGUACAGAAAUGCGCUGUUUAAAGCAAAACAUGAAAUCUAUCCGUGUGCCAAAUGUAAACUUUCUGUACACAUUUCUAAUCUGUAUGAACACUGGCUGUUUCAUUUACGAUCCUGAUGAAUGCUGGCUGUCCUCCUUCAAGACUAGUUUUUUGUCUGUAGUUUUGUUUUCCUUGGGGACCCUAUCGUUUGAAGAGCACCUGCAGCUGACAGUGGUACAACCACUCCAAAACAACUCAACUCUGAACCUUUUUUAUUAUUGUUUUAUUAUUCUUGUCACCAUAUUUAACUAAUUCAAUGUACCUUAGCAUAACGUCCACUUAGAAUCAAAGAGAAGCAAAGAAGUUGGACACAGAUAAUGUUAAUUGAGGAUGCUAUCUGUCUGGUAUCAGUCGACAAGCAAUUAUUACACAAUCUACUGUAACAGGAACUGUGAACAUGAUGUUUAAUAUAUUACAUAUUUGUUGAAUGGAUUAUUUUUGAUGGUUCAGAAACUACAGAAUGUCUCUUUUGCUUAAGCCCACUUUUACACAUUUCCCUUCCUGUUUUCCAUAAAUAGUCAAGUAGUAUCCUGUGCGAACAAUUACACCUGACAACAACAAUAUAUAUUUAUUUUAAUUAUAUUUUAAGUUUUUUUGGUUCACUCUGUUUUGGUGAACAUGCUAUAUUUUGUUUCAUUCAUUUUACUCGACCCAGGCUCAUUGGAAAUAUGUGCUUACGAUGAUGUUUCUGCAAUGCCACUAUUAUGUACCUUAUUCCAUGUUUCGCAGAAUUUUGAAACUGAAAUGUCCAGUGAGUGGCGCUUAAAUGCUUGCUCAAUGUAUGAUGGCCAUUUUUUAUUUUUAUUUUUUUUUGCAUUGGUACAGGCACAUAUUGUACCGUUUUUGCUUCAGGUAUAUUGUGCGGCAGAUACAUAUCAGAAUUCAAAUGUCCAAGUUGUACUGCUUAAGGGUUAAUGCUCUGUCAUGUUCCCAAACCAAAUCAAAUCUAACCGUGCUAACUAUGCUAUUUUACCUUUUUUUUAUCGGGGUUUGAGCUGUUAGUUUCACAGGAUUACCAUCGGAGCGCUUCACCAAACAAGUGCAAUGCCGUAUCGGGUGAGCUACCGAGCAAACUUACUUCUGUUAGAAAACCAUGCACAUGAAACUGUAUUUGUAAUGCUAACGUACAAAAGUGUCAUUUUUCAAAUCUCUAAGCAUAUUAGAAUAGUUUUGAGGUCAUAACAAUAAUAUGUUAUAAUUUGCGAUCAUUUGUACGAAGUCGUCUGAGUUUUACUGCCUCUAGUGUUAAAUUCAACUGAAAACUGCAGCAAUUCGUACACAUUGGUUGUUUUUUUUUGUAAUUUUGCAGAAAUGUUAGAGGUAUGUAUUUCCAAAGUGCCUGGGUAGGUUUUAUUAGCGGCACAUUAGUGCCCCCUAGGUUCUGUCACAAAUUUAAAAACUGUAGCUGGAAUACCUUUGAAACCAAAUUUGUCCUUUGAAAAGCACUGAAUCCAUUGGCAUUUACCACACAUAGAUGAAUAUAUGACACCUCUGAUUUAAAACAAUCACUCUAGGAGGAUAUCUCAGGUAAAGUAAUGCCUUACCUAUAGCUUUUACCUUCGAAAGAUUUCACUCCAUUCGUCCCCUUCUGCCUCCAGCUAGCCAUGUUUCGCAGCAGAAUGAUGCUGAUGAGGAAACUGCACAUGGGCCGCUCGCCCUUCUAGCCUGCCUUCUCUCAUUUCUGCCUGUUGUCAACUGAAUGUACUUCAAGAUUUUUACAACGUGCCACUGUUAAGCUGCCUCCUCCUACUGGUGCUAAGAGGGUAACUGUAUUUGCGCAGAAAUUAUGACAAGGAUUAUACUAAAUGAAACCCUACUCCUCUCUUUAUGAAUGUACAAUAGAUGGUUCUGUUCGAUGUUUUCACAACAGUUCUUUGUCAUUAACUGGAAUUGCUUUUGCCUUUUUGUUGGAGAAAUUAUUGAGCUUUAUAAAUAUUGUCUAGAGUUGAAACCAGAGGGAUUCUUAAUUAACUCUCGACAUCACAAAAAAUAUUGUAUAUUUUUCUCUGUGCCAAUUUGUAAGAUAUUUUGUAAGUGUAUAUUUUUCUUAGAAAGUGCAGUGAAGUAUUAGUAUGUGUGUGUGCGUGUGUGAGUAACCUUUUUUGUGCCUCUGCGGGCAGUGAAAAGGAUGUAUAAUGACAAGCUUUUGGUUUUAAAAACCAAAAUAUUAAGAAAGAAAAAAUGAAAAUAAAUUUAAAAAGACUACAUUUUGUUGCAAGUUUUGUAAGAGGAAACUUAUCUUGUUGUGAGAGUGUUGUGUUACCGUGGAAAACACUUAUAGGCAAAAAGGAAAAGACAAAAAUUGUGAACUAUUCGCUGUUUUAUAGAUUUUCAUGUAAAUUAUUCUUGUAUUAUUUUAUGUUGUAUCUGUUGCAAAGGUUUUGAAUAUUUGUGAACAAGCCUGUAUGGUGAAAUGUACUAUUGGUAACUUGCUGAGUUUUGUAAUAAUGUUUAUGGAGUACAUAUACAAAUUAAAAGGAGAUUUUGAAUGCUG